AUGUUUUUUAUCCUAUUUGUAAGUAUUGUCAAGGCGAGGGAGUCUAUGUCUAGUGCCUCAUAUUAUUGCAGUUCUUUAGGACCGACACUCGCCGCCACUCGCCGCCACUCGCCGUCACUCGCCGUCACUCGCCGUCACUCGCCGUCACUCGCCGUCACUGGCAGACGAGCCAGUCGACCUACUUACUUGAUACUGUUUAAUCCAUAUUUCGGUUCAAAUGACUCGCCAAAGUAUAAGCGAUGUGCUUUUAUGUUGAAGCUACUGGUGGGCUAA